GAGAGGGAGGGAGAAGGGGAGAAGAAUGGUUCGUGUGAACAUGUUGACAAACUGAGAUUAUUUAUUGGUAACUUGAAUCCUUCAGUUAGCAGGGAGAUGCUAAAGGAGCACUUUUCCAGAUUUGGAACUGUGACGAAAGUGGACAUAAUUUGUAAUCGCCAGAGUUCAAAACCACGUGGAAUGGCAUUUGUUAACAUGUCCUCUGAAGAGGAGGUGGAGGGAGUUUUGAAAGGAUGUCCACAUUUACUUGGCGGUAAGGUGCUUAUCGUUCGAAAAGCGUACAAGAAGAAUUCGGAGCAAGACACAGAUGUAGACUCUGCUCUACGCAGAUGUGCUCUAACACCAAAUGACAGACAUGUGAUUCUCAAAGAUACGCUUGUAUUCGAUUACACUGUGUACACUUACUCUUCUGAACUCCUGUUCUACUCACCACUUGGUACAUCAGGCAAUCGGCUAAUUGAGUUGCGUAAUUUGUGCAUGAAUCGAUUCGCCUCCCAAGUUACAACAAUUCCUAUAGCUCAAUGGGAAUCGGUUGUGCUUUUCUUUCAACUUAUUUCAAGCAAUGAUUGGAAUUCAGCUCAUGUUAGCGAAUGUGUUGGUGUUAAUGGUACUAAUACGAAGAAACUCUGCGUGGAGCUUUACAAUCCCCUCUGUCAAUAUCCCCGAGUGACUAAAACACAUCGAGCAAAGUGGACAGCGUUUGUUGCUUAUGUGGCCAGAUCACCAAUUACAAUUCAUGUUACACAACCGAAAUCAUUAAAACCCACUACCGAAGUCUCUAGGGACACUAGAAUGGUUAUGUAUGACAUUCCAGUGAAUACAAGUCGUCAAGAUUUAUUACAGUGCUUUUCGAAAUUCGGCGGAAUCACCGACCUAAGAAUUCAGGAUAUAGAACGCAAAGGUACUCUUACUUUUGCCUCGUCGAAAGCUCUACAAGAGGCUUUAAAGGCUAGUCCUCAUCAAGUGCGAGGGAAAGAUUUACACGUUUAUUCGGAUCUGAAUCCCAUUGAUAAUUAUUCAACCGAACCAAAGAAGACCUUGUAUAUUCGUGUUGGCGAUUUGGCGCCCUUAACUACAGAACUAGAAUUGAGAGUCUGUUUAGGACAAUUCGGUGGUGUACAGGAAGCCUCUGUGGUUAAAACUGGUACUCAAUUGCAUGCGAUCGUUAAAAUGAUCUCAGUUGAGGCAGUCCAGAAAGCGGUGGAUUCGACAGGUCUUAAAAUCAGUGGUCACUAUGUCACUGUUCGUCAUUAUUACCCAGAGCCAAAAAGGAGCAUUCGCCUUAAUCGUUCGGUGCGACAACGUAUCCCUCCUCCCAGCACUUCGAAAUCGGAUCCGCCUCGUGCUGAAAUUAAAGAGGGUUCUGAGACAGUUGAAAAGUCUUCGUUUUUAAACAUUCGCCUUAAUCGUUCGGUGCGACAACGUAUCCCUCCUCCCAGCACUUCGAAAUCGGAUCCGCCUCGUGCUGAAAUUAAAGAGGGUUCUGAGGCAGUUGAAAAGUCUUCGCUCUUAAAGAACGUCUCAGAUUAUUAUGACUUUAUAUAUGACUCCGAUGAUAGCAGCAUUACGGAGAAAAGCACCGAUCGUGAUCUUCGAUUUUGGGAGCUAUUCUAA